CCAAAAUGGCGAACGUAGCUGCUGCUGCUGCUGCUGCGGCUGCUGCAGCCGCUGCUGCCGCCGCAAAUAGAGAUCCAGCCGUUGACCGUUCCUUACGAUCAGUGUUUGUGGGAAACAUUCCGUAUGAAGCCACAGAAGAACAGCUGAAAGACAUCUUUUCCGAAGUCGGACUUGUUGUCAGCUUCAGGUUAGUAUAUGACAGAGAGACAGGAAAGCCAAAGGGAUAUGGCUUUUGUGAAUAUCAAGACCAGGAGACAGCUCUCAGUGCCAUGCGGAACCUGAACGGGAGAGAGUUCAGCGGUCGGGCUCUCCGUGUUGACAACGCAGCCAGUGAGAAAAACAAGGAAGAGCUUAAAAGUUUGGGAACAGGAGCCCCCAUUAUUGAGUCUCCUUAUGGAGAUAGUGUCCAACCAGAGGAGGCCCCAGAGUCCAUCAGCAGAGCUGUGGCCAGUCUGCCACCAGAGCAGAUGUUUGAACUUAUGAAACAGAUGAAGCUGUGUGUGCAGAACAGUCCCCAGGAGGCAAGGAACAUGCUGCUGCAGAACCCUCAGCUGGCUUAUGCUCUGUUGCAGGCCCAAGUGGUCAUGCGGAUUGUUGACCCCGAGAUCGCCUUGAAAAUGCUCCACCGUCAAACUACAGUCCAGCCCCUGAUUCCCAGCGGACAGGGUGGAGGAGCACCGCCAGUCAAUCCACCUCCUGCACAGCCCAGUGUGCCAGUGUCUCAGCCGCAGCCUGUGCCAGGGAUGCAUGUCAACGGAGCCCCUCAAAUGAUGCAGCCCCCCAACAUGGGUGUUGUCCCUGGACCAAUGCCUGGACCGGGCCCGGGACCAGGACCAGUUGGACCUCCAGGAAACCUUCAGCAUUCUCCCACAGGAUCGUCUGGGCAAGCUGCAAUCGAGCGCCCUCAAGGACCAGGUGGAAUCCCCCCCAGAGGCCUGCUGGGAGAUGGUCCUAAUGAUCCCAGAGGAGGAACUCUGCUGUCUGUCACUGGAGAGGUCAUAGACCCCAACCGGGGCUACAUGGCAGCUCCACCGCCCCACCAAGCCCCACCUGUACACAUGGGUCAAAUGGCAAGUGGACCCCCUCCAGAUAUGAGAGGACCUCCAAUGGACAUGAGAGGCCCACCCAUGGGUGAACCACGAAACAUGAUGGGUGACCCCAGAGGGCCCCCGAUGAUGGAGCCACGGGGGCCUCCGAUGGAAACCAGAGGUCGUGACCCGAGGGCGAUGGACGCUCGUGGGCCAGUGACGGCACAGAGGGUUCCCAUGGCAGGAGCGAUGCAAGGGCCAGUUCCUCAUAGCAUGGGUCCAAACGCUCCUCCGCCUGCAAGACCGGGUCCUGGUCUUUCUGGUGCUCCACCAUCAGGAGGCGGCUUCAGUCCAGGGCAGAGCCAGGUCUCCACACAGGACCAGGAGAAGGCUGCCCUGAUCAUGCAAGUCCUGCAGCUGACCCCAGAACAGAUCGCCAUGUUGCCCCCGGAGCAGCGGCAGAGCAUCCUCAUCCUCAAAGAGCAGAUUCAGAAGACUGCAGGAGGGGCGCCAUGACGGUCCCGACUGAGAAAAGGGACAGAGGUGGAGAUUCUUUUUUUCUUCUAUCAAGUCACUCAAAUUUCUAUCCUUAAAGGAAAAUUCAGUUAUAAGGAAACAUUCUUGCUUUGUCGUUUUUGUUUUCCCUCCUCGUUUAUACAUUUUUCUUUUUGUCACGAAACAUUUUUGUUUCAGGACUCCACCACACCCCAUCACCUUCAGCUUCAACAUGUCUGAAGACACCUCAUCUUAGUUUGGAAAAUUGUAUAGUUUUUUUUUUUAAAUCGUAUUGUCUGUUUUCGGUAUGAAAGAGUAAAGUGGCUUGCGGAUUCAAAAACAAGCAACACUUUUGAAAGGAUGAUGAUGGCGGUGAAUGCUGAACAGAGCUGAAAUGUCAUGAGGUUUCAUUCUUUUCCUCCAGAGCCAACUGUUUUCAUGUUAUUGCUCUGAUUGUCUGGAUAUUGUUUUGUCAAUAAAAAUGGGA